AUUUUGUUCAAAAUCCGCUGCUGCUUUUACUUUGCCGUUUCAAUGAGGACUAAUAAGAAGCUCUCUCACAGAAGCAAAACAAAAGAAGCUUGACUGACUCUCUUUCUCUCUCUAUGUAAGAAAUUCACUUUUACUUUCUCCCUCUAAAAUCUGCUCUCCUCAUUGUCUUGCCUCUGUCUUCUUCAAGAAUUGGUGUCUCUUCAACACUUUCUCUUAUUUUAAAGUACCCUCUCGCUCUCCCCUCCUCUCAAGAACCAAAAAAUAAAAAAAAAGCAAAAGCCCACCAUUUUGUUCAUUGCUUUGUCCCUGUGAGAUAAAAAAGAGAGUCUAAGAAUAUAAACUCAUCUCUUAGGUUCUAUUUUCCUAGCUUACUCUUGUUGAAGUUUCUGUCCGGUCCAUAGGGAGAAAAAAAAACCACAGCUCCAGUCAAAUUUUGGCAGUGAUUCAUACAGAAGUCAAACUUUUAGGGAAACAUUUCCACAUUUUUAGCUUUGAUUAUGGAUGGGUUGAGUUUCUGUUGAAGUAGAACCACACACACACACACACUGGUAAAAGAAGCAAAAGAAGGAGUAACAAUGAGAGAAGACAAAUCCAAGACAAAUAAGCUGGCCUGGUCAAUGAAGAUGGUCAGGAAAUGGUUUAAUAUAAAAAGCAAAACAGAGGAGUUUCAAGCAGAUGUUCCUGCUCCUUCUGCUGAAGUUGAAGUAGAGCACAGAAGCAGCUUCUCAGCAGAGAAAGCUCCCAGCACAAUCAAGAAGACCAAAACUGAGAAGCUCAGUAAGAACUGGGAGCAGCAAGCUCGGCAAAGGAGAAUGAACUAUGAGAAUCCUAGGAUUGUUGAUGUCCAAAACUAUAGCAUCUUUACUGCAACCUGGAACGUAGCUGGACGCUCUCCUCCUUCUGACUUAAACCUUGAUGAGUGGCUUCACUCAUCAGCUCCUGCAGAUAUAUACGUCCUAGGGUUCCAAGAGAUAGUUCCUCUUAAUGCUGGCAACGUCCUUGGAGCUGAAGACAACGGACCUGCUCAGAAAUGGCUCUCUCUUAUCCGCAAAACGCUCAACAACCGACCAGGCACCAGCGGAGCCAGCGGCUACCACACGCCUUCCCCUCUCCCUGUCCCUAUGGCAGAGCUUGACGCUGACUUCUCCGGCUCCACAAGGCAGAAGAACUCCACCUUCUUCCACAGACGCUCUUUCCAAACCCCAAGCAGUACAUGGAACGAUCCUUCAGUCUCUCAGCCAGGUCUUGACCGGCGUUUCAGCGUCUGUGACCGCGUCUUCUUCAGCCACAGGCCGAGUGAUUUUGACCCGAGUUUCCGCGGUAGCAGCAGCAGCAGCAGCAGUCACAGGCCUAGUGAUUACUCCAGAAGGCCUAGUGAUUACUCAAGAAGACCUAGUGAUUAUUCAAGACCGAGUGAUUACUCUAAUAGACCAAGUGAUUACUACUCUAGACCGAGUGAUUACUCACGGCCAAGUGACUUCUCAAGGUCUUCUGAUGAUGAUAAUGUUACUGGUGACUCUCCAAGCACUGUCUUGUACUCGCCAGGCUCUACAGCAAACGAGAACGGGUAUAGGAUGCCGUGGAACACUUCUCAGUAUUGUUUAGUUGCUAGCAAACAGAUGGUUGGUGUCUUCUUGACCAUUUGGGUGAAAAGCGAGCUAAGGGAACAUGUGAAGAACAUGAAGGUGUCUUGUGUUGGGAGAGGACUAAUGGGCUAUCUUGGGAAUAAGGGAUCAAUCUCAAUAAGCAUGUUGCUGCAUCAAACAAGCUUUUGCUUUGUUUGUACUCACUUGACUUCAGGACAGAAGGAAGGUGAUGAGCUGAAGAGAAACUCUGAUGUCAUGGAGAUACUUAAGAAAACAAGGUUUCCUCGCGUGAAGAGCUCAGAGGAUGAGAAGUCCCCUGAGAAUAUACUUCAGCAUGAUCGUGUAAUAUGGCUUGGGGAUCUGAACUACCGGAUAGCACUGACUUAUCGAUCUGCUAAAGCACUCGUUGAGAUGCAGAACUGGAGAGCUUUGCUAGAAAACGACCAGUUAAGGAUAGAGCAGAAACGAGGCCAUGUGUUCAAAGGAUGGAACGAAGGAAAAAUCUAUUUCCCACCAACGUACAAGUACUCAAGGAACUCAGAUAGAUACUCUGGAGAUGACUUGCAUCCCAAGGAGAAACGUCGCACUCCUGCUUGGUGUGAUAGGAUACUGUGGUACGGUGAAGGGUUGCAUCAGUUAUCUUAUGUAAGAGGAGAGUCAAGGUUCUCGGAUCAUAGACCGGUCUAUGGCAUUUUCUGUGCAGAGGUUGAGUCAGCUCAUAAUAAGUUAAAGAGAACAAUGAGUUGCUCCGCUUCAAGGGUCCAAGCUGAAGAGCUCUUUCCUUAUUCCCGUGGAUACACCGAGCUCAGCUUCUUCUAGAACUAAACACACGUGACAUGAGCUGUUCAGAACUAAAGAAGUCCACAAGUAUGUGUGGUCCUGAGAUGCAAAAUAGAGUUGAGACCAGUCUAUGAUUAUCUGCAUUUAUGUGCAUAGGUGAACAAAAGUGUUUUUGGAUCUUUGAGAGUGAUGGAGACAUUGCAUUGCCUCUUUAACUCGAAGGAAACAGUUUGUAGGUGUAGAAAAGUGUUUUGUAAUUUUGGCCUCGGUUAACCAAUUUUCACGUACCGGCGGUUCUGUGGUCUAUCCGGUUCAUAGUUUUGAUGGUUUGUGCUAACUCUGGUGGAUUUGCCCGAAAAUUUACAGCUACAUUAUAAGGAAAUCAACUAACUCAAUCAGAAACUGCCAAGUAGAAGUUCAUUUUUAAAAUUUUCAUUCUUUUGAGCUAGCACAAGUAAGAUAAAUUAAGUUUUAUGUUCUUUGUUUUUAGUCAAUUCUAGUGUGUCCUACGGUAAUCAUAUUGUAAUGUUUAUUAUAUAAGGUUUAGGAAAAUACAAAAGAAAAUUAUUUCCAUUUUAUUUUAUGAAAAUUGCCGAAAAGUUAAAGUGA